GGAUGUGGGGAUCGUGUUUGGUUUCCAGGCUUUGGUUCAGUGCUUCAUUUGAUCAUAUCGCUGUCUCUCCUCAGAGGCGCCGCUGAUUGGGCGGAUUAAUUCGCGUGCAUCUUGAAGCUGCGUGUGCACGCGCUUUUGCCUCUCAGUCUCAGCGCGCGACAUAUGGGCACGCGAAUCUAAACCGCAACAAUAUCAAUACAGUCCAAGCGUCGGGGAUUCUCGUAAACAAUCGCGUCCCGUCCAGAAAACUUCGCGGAAACUUCUCGGGCAUCAUUUUACGGAUUACGGAUUCUUCGUUUCUAGCACGGAAGGCAAAAACAAACAGUAAACACACUGUGUGUUCAUAAAGGGAGUGCAAUGUUUCCGACCAAGGCGAUAAUCUUGGUGCUUCUUUUCUUUGACAACGCAGUUUCUCUGCAGGUCGAUAUUACACCUGCGCACGGCGAGAUCAGCGUCGGAGAGUCUCGUUUCUUUUUGUGUGAAGUUAUUGGUGGGGCCAAGGAAAUCGAUUGGUUUGCUCCAGCUGGGGAGAAAAUUGAGCCUGGUCGACCGGACAUCAGUGUGAUUCGCAACGACGAGACGUCCUCCACUCUUACCAUCUACAACGCAAAGGUCGACAAUGCUGGAACAUACAGAUGUGUGGCCAGCAGUGGCGAUCAGGAUGCAGAAGCCACUGUCAAUCUGAAGAUAUACCAAAAAAUUACCUUCACAAAUGUCCCAUCACCUCAAGAGUUCACCGAAGGGGACAACGCCAUUAUCGUGUGUGAUGUCAUAAGCUCACCUCCACCCACAGUCCUCUGGAAAUAUAAAGGUGCUAAGAUCCAGUUUGAUAAAGAUGUUCGUUUCAAGACUUUGAGUAACAACCAUCUCCAAAUCCGAGGGAUCAGGAAGACUGACGAGGGAGUGUACACUUGUGAGGGUCGUAUUAAAGCCCGUGGAGAGGUUGACUUCCGCAGCAUUAAAGUGGUUGUGAACGUUCUACCCACUAUAAGGAUCCGUCAAGCGGAAACGAACGCCACUGCCGACAUGGGUUUCUCAACUCUUCUGGCCUGUGAUCCUGAUGGAUUCCCUGAGCCCAUAGUGACCUGGAGACGGAACAAUGCUCCACUGGAGAGCGGAAACAAAUACAGCUUCAAUGAAGACGGCUCAGAGAUGACAGUACUAGAUGUGACAAAGCUGGACGAGGGAGAUUACACAUGCAUUGCUAAGAACAAAGCUGGGGAGAGCGAACAAGAACUUAGCCUUAAAGUCUUUGUACAACCCAAAAUCACAUACUUGGAAAGCCAGACGACCACAGAAAUGGACGAGCAGGUCACAUUAACAUGCGAAGCCACUGGAGACCCCACACCCACCAUUACAUGGAGCUUCGGCACUCGAGUCUUCACCGAAGGAGAGCAGGAGCAACAAAAGAGGAUUUAUCAGGCCUCUUGGACUCGGCCCGAACAGCACAAGGGUCCUGAUGGUGAAGUGUUGGUCCGCAGUGAUGCCCGAGUGUCGUCCCUCACCCUGAAGUAUCCUCAAUACACAGACGCCGGACAGUAUCUCUGCACUGCCCGCAAUGCCAUUGGAGAAACUGUGCAACCCGUCAGUCUGGAAGUGCGCUACGCCCCGAAAAUCCUGGGCUCAGUAGCGGUGUACACGUGGGAGGGCAACCCGGCCAACAUCAGCUGUGAAGUACUGGCUCACCCCAGCGAUGUGUCUAUUACGUGGCUGCGAGACGGCUUCCAGCUGCCCAACGCUAACACCUCCAAUAUCAAGAUCCACAACACGCCUUCCGCCAGCUACCUGGAGGUCAAUCCAGAGUCUCAGAGCGACUUUGGCAACUACAACUGCACUACCUCCAACGAGAUCGGGACCGAAUCCAGAGAGUUCAUCAUGAUCCCAGCUGAUGUGCCCUCGGCGCCGUCCAUCGGUGAAGUGCAGCCGUACUCCAGCACAGCUCAGGUGCUUUUCGAAGAGCCCGAGUCCACUGGAGGAGUUCCUGUGCUCAAGUACCGAGCCGAGUGGAGAGCCGUGGGCCGAGGGAAAUGGGUGCAGCGAGUCUAUGAGGUGAAAGACGGACUGAGUUCAGUCACAGUCACUGGCCUUAAACCCGAAACCGAUUACGAAGUCAAGAUGUCUGCUAUCAACGGCAAGGGCGAAGGCGACAGCAGCCCGUCAAUGGUCUUCAAAACCGAGCAUGUUCGUUAUUCUUACACAAAUGGGAUUUUUCAUUUUCACACUGAGGACACAGAAGGAGAGCCCAGUCCUCCUAUUCUAGAAGGGACUCUACAACCCAAAGGCAAUUCUCUCAAAGUCAAGUGGAUCAAACAAGAUGACGGAGGGUCACCAAUCACCCAUUACCUGGUCAGAUACAAAGCUAGGGAAGACUCCGAGUGGAAACCUGAGAUCCGUCUGCCCAGUGGGAGUGAGUAUGUAAUGCUGAUCGGUCUGGACUGGGACACCGAGUAUGACGUGUUUGUGGUGGCAGAGAACCAACAGGGCAAGUCCAAGCCUGGCACCCUGACCUUCAGGACCUCAUCAGAGCCCACAGCCACCACAGUCUCUCUGAGUGGUUCUUCAGUGUCCUCCGCUCUAGCGUCCCUCCUGCUCUCUCCAGUAUUGCUGCUUUUGCUUUGAUAGAGUCGAGGACAUGUCUUCUCCUCAUGUUGAGGAUCCUCUGCAUGAUUUGUUUCUGUAUCUCUCUAAUGUGCUGGAAACACUGAGCCUCAUAGACAAAGUAACUACGAUUAUGACUUAAAAAAAUACAAAACGUCAGUUUCAGAUGACCAAACGCUUAAGAUGACUGUGCUUUUUAAUUUGUCAUUAAAAAAGUAAUCUCUUUUUAUCGCAUUACCUAGUCUAAAAGACACGUGCACUGUUUUGUGUAAGUAAAGCUGCACUGUGUCAUUUCUGCAGCACUAUAUUGGAUUGACUAGAUGUUAAGCCCCGCCUUAAAACUACUUUGUAAUCAUAACUUGUCUUUUUUCAUAUUAUUGUCCCUUGAAAGUUUAUGGGGGACCUAUUUUGGAGGAAUUUCAUAUGCAGUCAAAAGUGUCCCUAUUAUGAAGUUUGUUGUUAUGUUUCCUACAGUACGUUUAUAUUCAAGGUAAGUUAUAAUAAGAAUAAAAAUAAGAAUAAUGCUGUUUUUUCAUAAUAUUCAUCUCUUUCUCAAAGAGUGCCACACAAUUUGUUCAAAGAUUUGUUCAUUCUAAACUGGGUUGCAAGGUUUUUGCAACAAAACUAGUGCAAUGGACAAUCAAAACUAUUCCAAUAAUAGUAAACCUUAAAUUAUACCACUGCCCUUCUUUAAAUUACACAGUAUACAUCAGUGUAUAGAUUAUUAUAGCACAUAUAAUUUUGCACUUGUUAUUUAGCAAGAAUAGUUUGUGUUUUACAAAUUAAAUUGAAGAUAAAACAAAGAAGUUAUCUCUAAAACAAACGCAAGAAUUGUGACAAUUCAGCUCAUUUUUAAUAAGCAGCAAAUAUAGUUUUGAGUGUAUUUUAAACACAGAAAAGAUAUUUCAUUCAAGGUUGGAUACCUGUAACUAUUGAUAUCUUUAGUAUGAAAAACUAACUCUAUUAGAAGUCAACGGUUACAGAUUUUAAACCGGUUUAGAUUCAGUCAAAGUAGAGUAAAUGAUGAAAGAGUUUAAUUUUUGGGUGAAUUAUUCUUUUAAAAGUAUCCCAGUUAUAGUUGAAACCUGUGGACUUGGCAGCCCUGAUUCUAAGCCGCUUCUUUUUCAUGUGUCUAUACUCUGCUAUGAUUGGUCAAAUGGCCCAACCACUUCAGUGCAUGUUUGAAAGAAAAUGCUCAUUACCAUCUGGCACUGAGGGCUACAUCUGGCACUGGCACUUCUGCUUCAUACUGUAGGAUGGUAACAACAUAUCAAUUCAAGCCCAGUUCUGCUGAUGAUUACAUCAAACAUUUAAACAGCUAGUUGACCAAGCCAAACAUUAAAUUGUCAGUAUAAUAACCAAUCUAACGCUUUUCUGUUGAGCUGAUGAACACUAUGACCAAUUAGCAUUUGGAUUUCUCAACACUAAAAAUAGGCAGUUUGGUUUUGGGCACACACAAUUCAUUCACAUUCACAAUUCACACACAAAAUCAUUUUCUGGGUUUAAUGUAAACAGGAUUAUUUUAUUGUAUUUUUUUUUUUUUUUUUUUGUGAAAGAUGUGCUAUAGCCAUGGCGUCACAACACAAAGCUAUUAAUUGUUUGAUAUUGAGUCAAAGUACUGUAAAUGUUCAUGGACAGCCUGUAUAGACUAUAGUUUGGCAUUAUGCAUUGUGUUACAGGUCUACAUACACUGUAAAAAAAUGCUAGGUUGCACACAAUUCCUUAAUGUUGUUCAAACACAAAUUAACAGUGUUGGGAAAGCUACUAGGCUUUUUUUUUAGUGAGCUAAGCUAUUAAUUACUCUUCCUAAAAUGUAGCCUAACUAAACUAAAAGCUCCCUACUGGGAAAUGUAGCAAGCUAAGCUAAAAGCUACAUGGCAAAAGUGGCUUAGCUACAUCUAAGCAAUUUUUUUUUUAAUCAAAGCAACUUCAACCCAAGUCAGUUCUGUCUUAAUGAUCAAUAAAACUGCCAAUGAAACAUGCGGCAAAAUUGUCACGAUCAGUUAUUGUGCUUGUUAUGGUCCUGCUUCAGAAAUACUUCCUGUACAGUCAUCCUUUCAUCAAGCAAGUUUCUUGUGUCAGCCAGGUGAUUGAUUGGCAACAUCACCGAAGGGAGCGGGGUGGCAGUAACUCACCAAAAAGUUUGUUUUCGAUUACCGUAAAACACGAAGCUCUAUGAAUGGUGGUGGCAUUACUUAAUGAUGCAUGGACAUUACUGAGCUACUUGCUUAAAAUAAUAGCUUCGCUACUGAAAAGGUAUUUGAUAUAAAAAGUAGCAACCCUACCGCCACGCUACUAAGAAAUGUAGUUAAGCUAGCAGCGUCACUGCUUGUUGUGACGCUACUGCCCAACACUGCAAAUUGAUUAAGUUGACUUAAUUGUUUUAAUAAAUUGAAGUAGAUUAAACAUAAAACAAUUGUGUUAUCCCAAAACAAACUUUGUGUUGAAUUGUGUUGAUUCAGCUCAUUUUAAAUAAGUAGUUUGAUUAAGCGGCAAGAAUAAUUUUUGGAGUGUAGAUCAGUUACUCAAGUAAAACUGAAAUUACUGACGACUCAUUUUGGAUCAGUCAUUUUUAUGAAGACAAAACUUAUUUAUUGUGCACUUUAGUCUUUAAAAACUUUCUUGACAUUUUACAUUCACAAACAUCUACACUAUGCACUGCAUGGAGGGUAAUAUUUGAAAAAGCCAACACAAUCUCACGGCAAUUCGUAACUUUUUGAUUUAGUGGCUAACUCGUAUGAAUUCGUACAAUUUAGUACGAUUUGCUCAUCCCCCAAUGACGCUUGGGUUUAGGGGUGGGGUUAGGUGCCACACCUCCUUUUUAAAUCGUACAAUUUUGUACGACUGAACUUGUACGAAUUCGUACGAAUUAGCCACUAAACUGACAAAGCAUAAAAUACUGACGUUUUCUCGUGAGAUCAGGCUGUAAAAGCAUAAGUGGGCCACUUUAAGAAUAAUUUAGAAGGGCAGAAUUUAGUGAAUCAUCCUAAAAGCAGUUCAAACAUAAUGAAACUGAAUUUUUAAGACUCCAGUUAAGUUUAUGGGCUUCUGUUGGUUUGUAAACAGUUGCUUUUUCAGUUUGAUGUAGUGCUGCUGUGCAGAUGCAGAGAUGACACAUUUCACCUUAAAGAAUGAGAGAGCGAAACCCUCAAAAGCAGAGCGAGAACACAUCUCGUCUGUCUCGUUUUCAUAGACUUAUUUUGCUCUGCGGAUGUUUGAACUAAAACUGUACCAGUCCUUUGGGAGCCAACUUUGUAACAAACCUUUCAGAUGUUAUUUUAUUACUGAAAAGACUUUUUGAGGCUUCUACUUACUGUAAAACAGCAAUGUAUUAUAGUCAUCACUAGGGCUAUUGUUCACACGUGGCAUUAUUAAAUUCAUUUUUUGUA